AUGGCCCAGAAGCGGAUGGAGGCCGCGCUGGGCUCCAUCUUUCUACCUCGUGACUCGGUGUACGCGCACCUCGAUGACGAUCUCGACGAGGAGGACGGCGUCGGCGCUCCCUUGUCCCCGAGUCAGCAGCAUCACCACCACCUAUCGCCGCCAGCCCACGCACCCAGACACGACCCGGUGGAAGCCAACGCAUCACUCGACACGGAUGAUCCGUUUGCUUCACCGUCUCAGCUCCACCAGGCUCUCCAGCACGAUAACAGCCCGAGCAGCAACAGCGUUCGGCCGUUCGAUCGUUCAACGCGCCGAGCCGCCGACGCGCCGACCGCCGCAAUGGUCGCUGAUCCGACUCGGGCACCGAUCACGACCACCACGUCGGCCCUGAUGGAAUCGAGAACAUCCCCAUUCUUAUCGGAUCAGAUCCCCUCCCCGUCUGAAGCGCGUCCAUCGCCACAACAGCCGCAGUCCUCCGCGUCGGCCAUCUCGGAGCCACCCCCACUUACUCCUCCUACCGCCACGCCGAGUCGGUCCGGCCAUGCGACGACCAGUGCCAGUCCGCACGAGAGAACGCUCGCGGGUCACCACCUAUCCGAGUCCAUGUCGACUCACAACUCGCCCAGCCUGAUGCACCUCUUGUCGGGCCAACGAAUCGCCGAAGCCUCACCUCGUCGUCUCAGCUCGCCGGGCUCGACACACCGGCCACAGCAUCGCUACGGGACGGAGCAGAGUCGGGACUUGCGGGAAGCCAUCGCAAAGGGGGAUGUAUUGUCGCUGUGAGUUGGUGAAUGUGCACCGCGUCCACUGAUAGCAAGACCCGGCAAGCUCACUCGGGCUCCCCACCAAUCAGGAGCGAAUCGAGAGCACUGGCCGCGUCAUUGCCACCACCACCCUCAGCGCUUUCACCACCUUCGUCCCACAUGUCCGAUCAAGACGACAUCGACGACGAAGACGAAGACGACGACGAGGCCCCACCGGAUUUCACCACCCGAGUGCCCCUCAUGUCGUCGCAAAAGAAGCGAGUCUCGUCUUCGGCAAAGUCAACGGCCUCGUCCUGGGUCCCAAGUCAUGACGUACGACUCGGUGGUCGUCGGUCGGGACCUAGAAGAGGUAUCCUGGGCACCGCAUCGACCGCUUCCGCUGCAUCCGAGGGAGGCUCGUCCCGGAGAGGAGGAGGCAGGCGAAUGGCGGCGAAAGAACGGGCGUUGUGGAGGUGGAUCAACGUUGAGGAUUUAGAUGGGUUUCUGCAGCAGGUUUACAUCUACUACGUCGGCAAAGGCAUCGUUGCGAUUGGUCUGAGUCGGCUGUUGAACUUGCUGUGAGUGGGUGCGCGAGUGCAGUGGUUCCCGGCGGCAAGUCUGCGGGCUGACCGGAAAGGUUUUUCGAUGGGGCAGUACGGUCGGAUGGGUCAUCGCCUUCUCGACGUUCCUCAUGGGGUGCAUCGACUAUUCCAUACUGUGGAACUCGCAUCAUCUCUCAGAAGUAGUUGUAUCAAAGUGUAUCUCGAGGUGAGAGCGUCUCACGUGCUCCUCUUCACUGCUCCCUCGCAGGCUGACGGAAAUCACUCCCCGUAGAUUCUCUGGUUUUACAUUCCUAAUCGCCGUCUCCUUCACCGCAUUUUAUUUUUGGCGCAUCGUGCGAUUCGGGAUGGGUGUAGGCAAGUUGUGGGAGAUGCAUGAAUUCUUCACGGAAUUGCUCGAAAUACCUGAGGUCAGCACAACCGUCUAGACAUCCGCAGCUCGAGGGAGUAUUGCUCACACGACCGAAACUCAUGUUCUGGUGCAGAAUGAUAUCCAAGCGAUCCCCUGGCACGCCAUCGUCACCCGCUUGUCGGCGCUUCGAGCGACUCAUCCGGCUGCACUCUCAUCUCGGUCCCAUCCGGCCACUGAAAGUCAGGGCGGCACGCCGUCCCGGCUCGAUGCACACGACGUCGCGAACCGCAUAAUGCGAGAGGAGAACUUCCUCAUCGCAUUGUUCAACAAGGACGUGCUCGACCUCUCCAUCCCUCUGCCUUCUCUUCUCGAUCGACUUCUGGCGGGUCGGUCGCCGAAAUGGGGGGCUUCGAUGCUGACGCAGACGCUAGAAUGGAACCUCAGCUUUUGCCUCGUUGGCUUCUUGUUUGGGAGGGAUGGACAAGUCAGGAGGGCGUUCUUGAUGGAAAAGAAUAAGAAGGAGUUGGUGGAGGCGCUGAGGAGACGUUUUAUCCUUAUGGGGUUGAUCAAUGCCGUCUUUGCGCCGUUCAUUGUGAUCUACUUGCUCAUGUAUUCGUUCUUCCGGUACUUUGAGGUGGGUCGGCGCUCUUAGUGAAUUGCACUCCCAUGAUCCGUUGCUAACAUCGACGAACCUCACUCGCGUAGGAGUACCACAAAAAUCCGUCUUCGAUCGGCUCUCGACAGUUUACCCCAUUGGCGCGCUGGAAAUUCCGCGAGUUCAACGAGCUCCCUCACCUCUUCGGUCAACGCCUCGCCCAAGCCCACCCUCUCGCCGAUUCUUACAUCAACCAAUACCCUAAAGCACGUACGGCAUUGAUCUCACGCUUUGUCGCCUUCCUCGCUGGUUCCUUUGCGGCCGUUUUGAUCCUCUUUUCCUUAAUUGACCCUGACGCGUUCCUCCAUUUCGAGAUCACGCCGGGACGGACGGUUCUGUUCUACAUCGGUGUCUUUGGAACGAUCCUCGCCGUCGCUCGAGGAAUGGUGCCGGACGAUCACAAGAUCGUCGACCCCGCCGAAACGAUGCGUGAACUGGUCCAACACACGCAUUACCUCCCCAACGAAUGGAAGGACAACCUUCAUUCUUCCGGCGUACACGCCGAAUUCGGCAGUCUGUUCCAGAUGAAGAUCGCCUUAUUCGUCAAGGAGAUCCUCUCGGUCAUUGUCACACCCUUUGUGCUGUGGUAUACCCUUCCUCGAUGUGCGGGACCGAUUGUGGAUUUCUUCAGGGAGUUUACGAUUCAUGUCGAUGGGUUGGGAUAUGUGUGCUCAUUCGCGGUGUUUGACUUCAAGAGGCAUGGCGAUACGAAGGUGAGAGUGGAACGGUAUCGGAGCCUGAGAGCGACAAGGACUCGAGAGCUGACCUCGGUCCAUCUUGUUUUUCAGUUCGGCGCGCCCGUUCAAGUCCGCGACGAGCGGUUCCAAUCGACCGAAGGCAAGAUGGAGAAAUCGCUGCUCACUUUUGCGGCGCAUAACCCAGCCUGGGUACCUAGGGACCAAACGCAGUCCCUGUUCCUCAGUCGAAUGAUCGACGUUACUAGUCCUACUCAUCGGCCUGGAUCACCUUCCUUCGGUGCGAGCGGUGGUGGUGUGGGGGGUGGAAUGCAUCUCGGUGUUAGUACGAGUCAUCUCUUGGGACAAGCGCAAGCGCAUCCUCGAUUCAUGGGAUCGAGUCUGCUCUCGCCACCUCUACAUCAUCGCACCACUUCGAAUCGGACAACGACGGGUGCAGGGCAGGGAGUGGUGGGAGCAGGGGCGGGCAACCGCUCGUUCGCGGAUUUGGUUGAGGAAGGGGCGUCGACGACAUUAGAACCAAGAGCGAAUAUGACAUCCAGCGUCGGCGGCUCAAGAAUCUUUACCAACCAACCCAUACCGACCGGUGCAGCAAGAAGAGGCGGGUACCUGCACGUCGGCGAGCCAAGUCGCAAUCGACCUACACCUUUGAACACCCCGCGCGUCGCAGCUCGGAUGGGUCAAGCGAUCGAUAAAGACUCGGAGGAGAACAAAUCACCUAUUUUGGAAGAAUCGAGAUUGGAUGGGGAGGCGUUUGUGGCUCGGUUCGAUGGGUCUUCUUCGGCGCACGAGGAAGGGGUCGGAGAGGGGUCACGAGCUGGGGACGAUCUCGAGGGUGGGGGUAGGGACGGGGUCAAGGGUAUGUUGGGGGAGUUGUAUAAUCUACAGGGAAAGAAGUGGUGA